CGCUCGGCGCCGCUGGCGCGGCAGGCCGAACACGUAGGCAAACCAGUGGCGACCAAGGGGGAUCCUGGUGGGGUUCGGCGAAGCCGCGGUGAAGGGAGUGAAGGGAGACGGGACCGUCCGGAGGUGUACCGCGGCCGUCACCUAAAGUGCGCGCCAAUCGCCAACUUCGCCGUCAGAGACAGUAGUCAAGCCGAAGAGAGUGCCGGAAAGAUGAGCUAUUCGUGGAGCGUGACCCUGCUGCUGCUCCUGGCAGUCCUGGCACGUGCCCAAGGUGCCACCCUGCUCGAUGCUCCGCCAUGCCCCGAUCCUUACGGGAUCCACGCUUACGCUCACCCCGACGACUGCGGGGCCUUCUUCUUGUGCACGAACGGCACGCUGACCUUCGAAUACUGCGAGAACGGACUUCUGUUCGACGGACACGGUGCCGUUCAUAAUCAUUGCAAUUACAAUUGGGCCGUCGAUUGCGGUAAUCGCAAGGCCGACUACACGCCAAUCAGCAGCCCGGGCUGCGAGUACCAGUUCGGUAUGUAUCCGGAGAGCGACAGUUGCAGCACCACUUACACGAAGUGCGUCCACGGUGAUCCGCUUCAGGCUCACUGCGACCCGGGCCUGGUCUACAACGCCAAGACCCACACGUGCGUCUGGCCGGACGAGCUCAUCCCCUACUGCAACCCCGAGACCGUAGUGGGAUUCAAAUGCCCGCACAAGCUGCCCCCCCACAGUCCCGCCGCCAAGUUCUGGCCCUACCCGAGAUUCCCCGUGCCGAGUGAUUGCGGUAGGUUGAUCACCUGUGUGGACGGACAUCCGCGACUUCUCACCUGCGGAGAGGGAAAACUAUUCGACUCGGUGAGCCUGACUUGCCUGGACCCGGACGAGGUUCCUCACUGUGGAAAUGGUGUUUAAACUUGGAGACACAUUCCUGACAAUCACCCGGUACUUCAAAUCAACGAUACAAAUAUAAUCAGCGAACAUCAAACGACGAAAAAUUAUAUGUUCGGUUAUAUGAAUUAAAUUUCGGCAAAGAGAUACAACAAUAUUAGCUCAAGAUUUGCAGAUAAACCUAAACGAAGAUUAUCAUACGAAAAGUUGAAUUAUCACAGGACAAGAUUGAUUCUAGAAAUUGAAUCGAAUUGAUUAAGAAAGUUACGAAAACAUCAGUCAUAAAAAAUCAAGAGAAUCGCGAGUAUAUAAAUUACAAGAUAUUAUUAAUACUUUUAUACGGAGAACAAUUAGAAGAAAUUAAUUGGUAGAAACAGAAUAAAUGACAUGUAUUCCUGUUAGAUUCGAUUUUGGUUCGGCGUUGCCAAUAGACGAAGAUGUAUCAAACGUAAAUUAUUAUUAAUAAUAGACGUUUAAAGGGGACCAGUUGCAUGUACAGUGCGUGAAGAGCAAGUACGAUAUGUAGUACAUAUAGUGUGUUUAUGUAAUACGAUAUGUAAUACAUAUAAUGUAUUUAUGAUAAAUAUAGUAACAAUGUACAGCCAGGCAACAUUGAAUAAAAUCUGGACAUGCGUAUAAAAAA